AGUUUGAUUUUGAGUUCUUCCGAGAGUGGUUAUCUUACUUAAACUUAAAAAAAAAGUCGAACCAGUGAGAAAAGAUCCUCAAAAUGAUCACAAUUUUGUACGGGAUUUUCGCUGUAAUAGCUGUGGCUGUUACAUUGAGACUUUUCCGACAACGGAAUACCCCACCUGGACCAUGGGGUUUACCUAUUGUAGGCUCCCUCUUUACCUUGGAUAGUCAAAAACCAUAUUUAACGCUAACGAAAUUAUCGGAGAAAUAUGGAAAAAUAUUUGGAUUGCAUUUGGGAUCGGUUUACACGGUGGUUCUAUCGGACUCAGCACUAAUUCGUGAUGUUCUAAAACGAGAAGAAUUCACAGGAAGAGCACCUCUCUACCUCACUCAUGGCAUUAUGGGUGGUUAUGGUUUAAUUUGUUCCGAGGGUAAUUUGUGGCGAGACCAUCGGAAAAUGACAAUAAAUUGGCUCAAGAUGCUCGGUAUGGCCAAAUACAAUGAGAAUCGGAACAGUCUCGAGACUAGAAUCCUCAAUGGUGUCAAUGGAAUGAUAAAUGAAAUGGAUGGACAAAUUGGGAAGGAGAUGGACUUGAUGCCAGUUCUGCAGCACCAUUUGGGGAAUAUCUUGAAUGACUUGAUCUUUGGUGUGAAGUACAAGAGUGAUGACUCAACGUGGAGAUAUUUGCAGCAUCUCCAAGAGGAGGGCGUGAAACACAUUGGCGUGUCAGGUCCCAUCAACUUCUUGCCAUUCCUCAGGCAUAUUCCCCAUUUUAGGCGUACAAUACAGUUCCUACUCGAUGGAAAGGCCAAGACGCACAAAAUCUACGGAAAUUUGGUAGCAAAGGCGAACAAUGAGGGACGGAAGGAUAAUAUUUUGAGUCUUUUCCUGCAAGAAAAAUCCAAACAAGCCCAGCUAGUAGCUGGAAAUUCGGAAAAGUUGUGGAGCGAUGAGCAACUGAAGCAUGUUUUAGCGGAUUUAUUUGGAGCAGGACUCGAUACAACCAAUUCCACAAUAAGAUGGAUUCUUCUCUACAUGGCUAAAAAUCCAGAAGUUCAGAGAAAAGUGCAUCAGGAAAUGUUCAGAGCAUUAACCACCUGCCCUAGAUUGGAACACUACGACGAUCUCCCGUAUUUACGUGCCUGUAUUGCGGAAGGACAGAGGAUUCGAUCAGUAGUCCCAGUUGGAAUACCUCAUGGAACCAAUGAAGAUACCAAAAUUUCUGGCUACAGAAUCCCCAAAGGGACAAUGAUCCUCCCACUUCAGUGGGCAGUUCACAUGAAUCCUCAAAUCUGGAAUAAUCCCGAAGAUUUCUCUCCGGAACGUUUUAUCGAUGCAAAUGGCCAAUUUCAGGCUUCACAGCAUCUUAUACCUUUUCAAACAGGAAAGAGAAUUUGCCUAGGAGAAGAACUAGCAAGGAUGCUAAUGUUUCUUACUGUUGGGAAUAUUCUAUACAACUUUCAACUAUCUUGUGUUGCGGAAGACGACAUCAGUGGGAUAUGUGGAAUAACUUUAACACCUCCUGAUCACAAACUUAUAGCCAGCAGAAGGAUUUUUUAAGGCAAGUUUAUCCUCAUUAUUUUUUUCUAUUAAUACAUAAACGGUCCAUAUCGUACUUUACAACUUGUUUAAAAAAUUCUUAGAAGUCUCUAGCAACAAAAAAAAGUUCAAAGACUUUUAAUCUAUCAUUCUUCUUAAGAAAACAGAUAAUAUCACAGUAUGAAAUAGAUUUUUAAUCAUAUUUCUUAAUAAAAAUUUUGAAGAUUUUUUGUAGUAAAACAUGACUGAGAAAUAAAAGUAAUUUGUCGUAAAACAAAUUAUAAAUUAAAAAUGUUCCCAUUGUUAUUAGCAUGAGAAAGAUAAAAUCAAACAGUACAUGCACAGAAAAUUUGUCGCAGCUUACGAAGUUUUCUAUUUAUCAGUGAACCUUCAUCAGGGGCAAGAAGGGAUUUUUUAUGCUUAAAAAUAGCCUUAAAAACACUUUUUAGGCUAUUUUGGAGUUUCCAGAGAAAAUGAUAUUUCUCAUUACUAACCUAGAAGUUACUUAUGAUCCGAAACAAAUAUUUUCUGCCUCUAUGAGUAUUCUAAGGAUUCCAAUAGAAUUCAACGAAUUUUUAUCAUUUAAUUUAUUUUACUUCAAUUAAUGAAAAACCUGCAAUUUGAAAGAUAAAAAUAAACAAAUAAAAAGA